UAUUUAGAGAUGUAAAUAAUGGAUUGUAUUAGAAUCGUUGGAUUCGCGAUCUAACUUGUCAACGAGUCAGUUUUGCACAAUUUGGAAGACGAAGCGUGGUCGAAGAGAGCACGAUCUUUGUUUCAGACGCCUGUGCGGAAUGAUUCGAAGCGAAGAGUGAAUAACCAGCGAAUAAAGGUAACAGGGACCUUCGCCGACCCACGAUACCAAGUUACUUUGGACCCAUUCACAGCAACAGGAAGUAGAAUCAACUUCCUCUCCACCUCCAGGUUUCUCCUGUGCCCCAUGAGGACUGAUCCAGGGUCAGCACAGGAUGGAUGCUAUGGAUAUGAUGGUACAGCAGAAGUGCUGUAAAAGCUUUCCGUUUAUAAAAGAACUACCCUUCAUCUAGGCCCUGUUUCUCUGUGUUUCUCUGUUUGGAUAAACUGCCUUUGCUAAGCGACGCAAGCCAGGGUGCUCUGAAGGACUCCAGUGUGCUGGGAAGGUUUUAAAAGCACCGUUCAUUCUGUUGCGUGGGUGGUGUUUGCAUGGCAGAAGUGCGUCGCCACAGAUCACUUUCACGCUGCAGAAAUGUCUGAAAACCCUGAAAACACCAGGGCUGUGAAAUCCCUGGCCCCUCCCACGCCGCAGGAGGGGAGGAAGAGGACCAAUUCCAGCUCUGACUCAAUGGUGUGCGAGAGGCUGGCUGUGGCCAUGGACAGGGACCUGAGGACGGCCGAGCAUCGCUUCAUUCUGCGCAGCGUCAUCUGCGACUCCAACGCCACGGCCCUCGACCUGCCCAGCAAGCCGCCCCGCCCCCCUGCCCCGCCCUCGGGAGCCGGCGUCUCUGAUGUCAUCACUCAGACGCAGAGCACAGCUGUGCUGGGGGUGUCUGUGGGGGGUAGGGAGCAGCCACGCUCCGCCUCCCCAGGAGUAGGGGCAGGGGUGGAGGAGCAGGGUGUGGCCGGGGGGGGCGAGGGUGGGGUCGGGGGGGCGGAGAAGCGUGACGGGGAGGCGGCUAAGGCGCGGGCGGAGGCAGAGAAGAAGGUCCAGGAUGACAUCGAGGAGGUGGAGACCAAGGCUGUGGGCACAUCACUCGACGGCCGCUUCCUCAAAUUCGAUAUCGAAAUCGGGCGGGGCUCCUUCAAGACUGUCUACAAGGGCCUGGACACUGAGACGACUGUGGAAGUGGCCUGGUGCGAGCUGCAGGACCGCAAGUUGACCAAGUCAGAGCGCCAGAGGUUCAAAGAGGAGGCAGGAAUGCUGAAGGGGCUCCAGCACCCCAACAUUGUACGCUUCUACGACUCCUGGGAGUCCCUCUCCAGGGGCAAGAAGUGCAUCGUCCUGGUGACGGAGCUGAUGACAUCUGGGACCCUCAAAACGUAUCUGAAGCGGUUCAAGGUGAUGAAGAUUAAGGUUCUGCGUAGUUGGUGCAGGCAGAUUCUGAAGGGCCUGCACUUCCUGCACACCAGAGCUCCACCCAUCAUCCACCGGGACCUCAAGUGUGACAACAUCUUCAUCACCGGCCCCACGGGCUCCGUCAAGAUCGGGGACCUGGGGCUGGCCACACUCAAGAGGGCCUCCUUCGCCAAGAGCGUUAUCGGCACCCCUGAGUUCAUGGCUCCAGAGAUGUACGAAGAGAAGUAUGAUGAGCUGGUGGACGUGUACGCCUUCGGCAUGUGCAUGCUGGAGAUGGCGACCUCAGAGUACCCGUACUCCGAGUGUCAGAACGCCGCGCAGAUCUACCGCAGAGUCACCAGCGGAGUGAAGCCUGCAAGCUUUGACAAGGUGGCCAUUCCAGAGGUGAAGGAGAUCAUAGAGGGAUGCAUUCGACAGAACAAAGAGGAAAGAUACUCCAUAAAGGACCUGCUGAGCCACGCCUUCUUCCAGGAGGAGACGGGCGUGCGGGUGGAGCUGGCGGAGGAGGACGAUGGAGAGGUGAUCGGCAUUAAGCUCUGGCUGCGCAUCGAGGAUGUGAAGAAGCUGAAGGGCAAAUACAAGGACAGUGAGGCCAUUGAGUUCUCCUUCGACCUGGAGAAGGACGUCCCUGAAGAUGUGGCGCAGGAGAUGGUAGAUUCUGGUUAUGUGUAUGAGGGGGACCAUAAGACCAUUGCCAAGGCUAUUAAGGACCGUGUUUCCCUCAUCCACCACAAGAGGGAGCAGCGACAGCAGGUCCGCCAGGAGCAGGAGAAGAGGAGGCAGGAGGAAGAGCAGCAGCAGGGGGCAGUGCAGGUCAUCUCAUUGCCCCCUGCCCCUCAGACAGAACCAGAGGACCUUGAGGCGGAGCAACGCGGAGGCGUGUCUCAGAGCUUGGAGGGAGCAGUCAACAGUGGACAAGGAUCCUCAGUCCUCCCUGAGUCACAUACCUCCUCCCUCAGUCAGCAGCAGGCCCCACCUUCUGGCCAGGCCUCCUGCUCUCCCCCUGCCUCCCAGCACAGCCAAGCCCCGCCCCCCCAGCAAAACCAGGCUCCACCCACCCAGCAAAGCCCGGCUGCGCUUCUCCAACAAAGCCAACAGCAGGCCGCAGCCUCUCAGGGCGUUUCUCAGCCUUUGGAGCAGACAGCAGUGUCUGUGGAAAGUGCCUCUCCUAGCGGUCACUCUGAGGGAGUGUCUGGUCUGAGUGAUGGGACAGAGGGAACUUCAGCCACAGUUCAGCCAUUCAAGAGGCCCCGGGGCCGGUCAGUGCGUAGCCGCUCUCUACCGGACAAGGCCAAGGCCAAGCUCAACGUCCUCAAUAUCUCAACCAUGGGCGACAGAGUGGCGGAAUGUCAGCUGGAGACGCACAACUGGAAAAUGGUGACUUUCAAGUUUGACCUGGAUGGUGACAACCCAGAGGAAAUUGCACAGAUCAUGGUCGAGAGUGCCUUCAUCCUGGAGAGUGAGCGCGAGUGCUUCAUCGAGCAGGUGCGCGAGGUCAUCGAGAUGGCGGACGAGAGAGGGCUGAGGAAGCAGUCCGUAGCAGACAGCGGCAGUCAGGUGGGGAGUGGCCAGGAGCAAGAUGCAUCUCACACCUCUGACCCUCUUCAGACAGGUGUUGUGACAGGUGUGGCCACUCAGGUGGUGCACUCUGCGGGUCGGAGGUUCAUUGUCAGCCCAGUGCCCGAGUCUCGGCUCAGGGACCCCUUGUAUGCCCUGAUGGCUGGUGCCCCCAUCGCGUCCCCUGUUCUGUCGCACUCGGCCCCCUCCGCGAGUCUGCAGCAGGCCUUCGCCGAGUUUCGACAGCAGCACGGAGAAAUGGGGCCUGGUGCCCUAGAGGAGCGUUCGCCCCCUGCCCUAACCCCCGUCUCCCCCACCCUCUCGGAUUCCUCCGCCUCACCUCCUGCUGUGACUGACAUAGCUCCCGCUGCUGACUCACAGCCCCUCCCACCUCACAGCCCUCCCCCGCUGGCAGACACCCAGCCCGGUGCUGCCAUGCCCCCCAGUGUCUCAGCUCCUCCCUCCUCUGUGUCCCCACCCCCCAGCCACCCGCCGAUGGAGGGUGAGCAGCCGCCAGACUCUGCAGCUAUUCCGUCCUCCCAGCCCCCUCCCGCUGCAGCUGCCCCCUCCGUCCCACCGGGCCCGCCCUCACAGGGCCCCACCCCGCCCAGCCACGCCCAGUGUGGGGAGGGUGAGGGUGAGCAGGGCAAGGGCCUGGGUGCAGACGACAUCCAGGCCCUGGAUAAGAAGCUGCGCUCUCUGUUCAGUGAUCUGGGCUCCACCCCUGCUGAUGCUGGUAGUGCCUCCAGCAUCUCAGGCUCGUCCUCCUCCGCCCGCACCCCCCCACACCCCACCACUUCGCCCCUGGGCUCUGGCGGGUCGCUCAGCACCACACCCACGCCGGGGCGGGCCACGCCCACUAGCCCGACCAGCGAAGCCCACGUCCCGGUCCCAGUGGCUGCAGCUCCCUCUGGUGGACAGACUGUACCACCUGUUGCUGCAGAGGGAGAAACGGAGGUCACACCCCCUGCUGGAGGGGUCAGACUGGGACGGUUCCAGGUGUCAGUGGCUGCAGAAGAGCCCCCCGGUCACGCCCAGCCCACAGUCCCGGACUCCACCUCUUCCUCCACGGACUCCUCCUCCUCCACCAGCGACUCGUCCUCCUCCCGCACGACCUGCUCCUCUUCCUCCACGCCCUCCAGCCCCGAGAACACAUUACACACAGCGGCGUCGCUGCUCGCCGGCCCCGCCGGCCCCGCCGCUGAUGUCCAGGUGGGCCGCUUCUCUGUGCACUGGCCCCAGGACCCCACCCCCGGCCCCCGCACCGGCGCCUCGGUCACCUGCUACAUCAGCAGUGACUGUGACUCCGGGUGCGAGGAUGAGGACCUGAGGAGGGAGGUGGACCGUCUGCUGGAGAAACACAUUAUAGAGUUCCAGGAGCUGCAUGCGCGGCAGAAGGAGGAGAUCGAUGCCCUUUACACACGCCUGGGCAAAGUGCCCCCUGUGGUCAGCACCCCCGCCAUAGGGUACAGGAGGAGGCCCAGCAGGAACAAGGGCAGCCGAAAGAGCUCUCUGCAGAUGGACCCUGGCUCAGUAUUAGGACAGAGCCCCCCCUCAGUUCUUGGCCCCCUUGGGGAGGGCGUGGAGCACCCACCCUGCACAGAUGGCCUGAGUGAGGCCACGCCCAGUGUGUGUCCACCUGAGCCAGAGACGAACAGUUCCGGUGCGACAAAUGAGCCGGGCCAGAACCAGAACCAGCCCCGGAAGGGAACCUUUACCGAAGACCUUCAUCAGCUGGUGGACAACUGGGCCCGAGAUGCCAUUAGUUUGUCUCAGAGCAGGAGAGGCUCCAAGCAGCUCUCGAACCCGCAGUCUGCUGCACACGGACAUGGCAAUGAGGUCAUUCCUCUGGCCAGUAUGGGACGCAAGUUCUCAGCUCCUGGGCAGCUCUGCUCUGGCCUGCCUUCCUCCCAGAGUGGCCUCUCCGCUUCUUUAGGGGUUCGUAAGGGGUCCCUGUGCCCCCCACUGCAGUACGGGUACCCCCCUGCCCCUUGCCCUGCCCAGUGGUCUGGACAUGCUCAGAUGGGCCUGCUGGGCUCCACCUUGCCUUUGGGCAUCCCGCCCUCAAACCCGGGCUCUCUGCAGAGCCUCUACAUUGGUACUCUGCACAAAUCCGCCAGCAACCCCGGACCCAACCUGAGGCCGACGUAGCUA